AGAGUUUCCAGGAUGUGGCAACCUGGUUACCUUUGCUCAGUUUUUGUUCAUCGCCUUGGAAGGAUUCGUCUUCGAGACGAACUUUGGCAGGAAGAAAGCUGUGAUCCCCAUCAGAAACUAUGUGAUCAUGGUGACCAUGUUCUUCACCGUCAGUGUAGUCAAUAACUACGCACUCAACUUCAACAUUGCUAUGCCGUUGCACAUGAUCUUCAGAUCAGGGUCGCUGAUUGCCAAUAUGAUCUUAGGCGUAAUCAUCCUUAAGAAGAGGUAUUCAGCUGAAAAAUAUCUGUCAAUAGCUCUGGUUUCAGCGGGCAUCUUCAUCUGCACCAUCAUGUCCGCCAAGCAAGUGAAUGCAUCCAGUGAGGGAUCAGAGGAGCAAAGCUUUUCUGCCUUUGUGCACUGGUUGAUAGGCAUCGCCAUGUUGACCUUUGCUCUGCUGAUGUCGGCUCGAAUGGGCAUUUUCCAGGAGAUGCUGUACAAACAGUACGGAAAACACCCCAAAGAGGCUCUCUUCUACAACCACUGUCUACCCCUGCCAGGGUUUCUGCUUCUUUCCACUGACAUCUACAACUACUGCAACCACUUCAGCCAGAGCACUCCCGUACUUGUUCCUGUGGUGGGACUGACCGUGCCAAUAAUGUGGAUCUACCUUCUAAUCAACGUUAUCACGCAAUAUGUCUGCAUCCGUGGCGUUUUCAUCCUGACCACAGAGUGCACAUCGCUGACCGUCACCUUAGUGGUGACACUCAGAAAGUUCCUCAGCCUCAUCUUCUCCAUCCUUUACUUCCAAAACCCCUUCACUGCGUGGCACUGGUUAGGCACGUUUGUGGUCUUUGUGGGAACUCUGAUUUACACCGAGGUGUUGAGCAGCAUCCAGGCGGCGCUCCGGGGAGCCAAAACGAAGAAGGCGGAGUAACGCAGCAAAGCUCGAUGGAUGGGAACAUUUUCCCUCAUGUUGGACUUUAGUUGUUUUUAAUACACCUACAACUAUUUUUAUAGAGUUAAGGUUAUUUUGCUGUGAUACUUGAAUCAUGUCAGUCAAAAGAUUUCACUAAAAAAAAAACUGUUAUAUUUUCCACGUAUAAAUAUGGAUUGAAUCAUGUUUAAAGUUGUAGUUUUCAUAAAUCUGAAAUUGCUAGGAUGUUUUUUGUGUGGUCGACACUCCAACUGAAGAGUACUAAAGUAUCUGUAAAUUAUGUAAUAUUUCAUUUGCAGGACUUCUUGGCCUUUACUGUGCCUCUUUAACUUGAUAAACCUGAUGGAUUUGCCCAAGUCUGUGUUGUUUAGAUAUUUGUGUGAUCUGAGAGGGAUGAAGAGUUUCUGACUCCUUGAAAAACUCUUUUUCUAUGAUUAUGUUUAACAUGGAUUCCACCAAAAAACCUUAUAAACAAUGUCAUCAUCCCAUA